GAACUAAUCUUGUUCGUAUUAAUGGGAUUAAUUUUCUUUCAAAUUUAUGCCUACUACUCAUCUUGUUGCUUUGCUUUCUACUCUAUAAGAAAUGGCGUCAAGAUUUUGAGGUGUCUAAAUUGACCGAUGAAACUGUUAAAGAUGCUGCUCAAACUGGAAAAGGAUAUGUACACGACUUUCUAGAUAUUAAUGAUAGACCUGUGCUUGUGGUGGUUGGAUCAAAGCAUAUUCCUAUGGCACUAGACCCUGUAGAUGAUGAGAGGCUGUGCGUUUUCUUAAUUGAGAAGGCAUUGAGUAAGCUUCCAACCGGGAAAGAAAAACUACUUGGAAUAGUUGAUCUCAGAGGCUUCAGAACAGAAAAUGCUGAUCUUAAAUUCUUGACUUUCUUGUUUGAUGUAUUUUAUUAUUACUAUCCGAAGCGAUUGGAUCAAGUACUAUUUGUGGAUGCACCUUUUGUUUUUAAGCCAAUUUGGCAGCUAGCCAAACCCUUGUUAAAAUCAUAUGCUUCCCUGGUAAGAUUUUGCUCUGCAGAAACUGUUAGGAAGGAAUAUUUUACAGAAGAAACUUUGCCACCAAACUUCAGAGAUUGAAAAUUGGAUGGAAUAAAAAAUUGCAGCAAAAGUUGCAAACACACUCGUAUUAAGCGCGUUUAUCUUGGGGACUUAGAAGAAACACAACAUUUAUUUCGUCAAAAACUUAGAAGAGCUAAAGGAAGGAAUUUGAUAAAAGCAGUGCUGAUAUAGGCACCCUUAAUGUUAAAAGCUUAAAGUAGCUAAAGAAAGGAAUUUAAGAAAAACAGUGCUGAUAUGUAGGAAUAUGAAACCAA